GAAAUUAUUUAGAUGCUAAAAGACAACUUGCUGUAAGCAAACAAUAUAGGAAAGUUGAUAAGUACGAAAAAGAAAAUAGAAGAAAUGAAAAGGCCUGUCUAAAUCAGGCUGGUUCAUUCUUCUUUGAUGGCUUGUGGCUCAUGAUUUAGCUCAAACUUGCACCCUUUGAAUUUCUGUACAGAAACGCUGCCAAUUUUCGUCGAGGAUGAUCUAAUUCUACUAGACCCACAAAACUAAAUAGUGGAGAAUUUGUCUGUUCUUGGUAAUCAGAAAUCGGUUCAUCAGAGCAAGAAUCAAGAAGCAUUGGCUUGAUCAUGAUCACGGGUAAGAGUCUGAAUUCUCUUGUUCUAUGCAUCCUUGUUGUGCUUUACCGUUGCCCUUUAUUUUGCACAUCAAGAGACAACAUUACAGCAAAUCUAGUUAUUAAAGACCCUGAAACUCUAGUGUCUAAGGGUAAGCACUUCAAAUUGGGAUUUUUCAGUCCUUUUAAUAACUCCAGCCGUUAUUUAGGUAUUUGGUAUAACCAAAAUGUUUCUGAACCUACUGUGGUGUGGGUAGCAAAUAGGGAUAAAGCUUUGAAUGAUUCUUCUGGUACUGUGAAGAUAUAUAAAGAUGGGAAUAUUGUGGUUAUGAGUGGGGACAAGGAAAUUCUUUGGUCAUCAAAUAUUAAAAAUGCUACGAUGAAUACGGCUGCCCAGCUAUUGGAUUCUGGUAAUCUUGUUUUGAUAGAAUCUUCGAGUGGACGUAAAAUAUGGGAAAGUUUUAAGCAACCUUCGGGCUCAUUCUUGGCAGCAAUGAAAAUAAGUCGCAGUAUUAACGGAGUUGAGAAGGCUACUACUUCUUGUGGUAAUGGCACAUGUGGGCCAUUUGGGAUCUGCGACUCACAAAACUCGCCUAUUUGUGCCUGUUUGGAAGGGUUUAAUCCGAAGGACGACGGGGAAUGGAAAGCAGAGAACUGGACAAGUGGAUGCGUGAGGAGGAUACAUUUGCAGUGUGAAACAAACAAUGGCUCCAAUGGUGGGGGCAAAGAAGAUAGGUUUUUGAAGCUAAAAAUGAUGAAAUUCCCAGAUAAUGGCGAUCGGCUGCCUGGUCAGGAAUCUGAAUGUGAAGGUCUGUGCAUGAAGAAUUGUUCCUGCAAAGCCUAUGCUCAUGACGUUGGUACUGGCUGUCUGUUCUGGACUGGAAGCUUAAUUAACAUUCAAAAAUUCUCUGCAGGCUCGGAUCUUUUCAUUCGACUGGCAAAUUCGGACGUUGGUCAUAAGAAAGUCUUUAAGUUAGUCAUAAUAAUUAUGGGUUUCGAUGGUUUGAUUUCCAUAUCCAUUAUCAUAUUUUUUUCCAGGAAAUUCAUGGCUAAGCCAAGAGGCAGCACAAUGACAUCAGAACAUGGGGAUAUAAGCAAUGCUAGCAUUGAAGAGUUACCAGUAUUUAAAUUUGAGAUGCUUGCAAAUGCGACAGACAAUUUCCACGAUGCUAAGAAGCUUGGAACGGGCGGUUUUGGUCCAGUUUACAAGGGCCAAUUGGCAAAUGGUAGAGAAAUUGCAAUCAAGAGGCUCUCAAAAGUAUCUACACAAGGGAUGAAAGAAUUUAUGAAUGAAGUGAAGUUGAUUUCUAAACUCAAACACCGGAACCUCGUUAGACUGCUGGGAUGCAGUGUUGAGAGGGGAGAGAAGAUGCUGGUCUAUGAAUACAUGCCUAAUAAAAGCUUGGAUGCACAUCUCUUUGGUCCAUCACAAGAGAUCUUAGAUUGGAGAUUACGUUUCAACAUUAUUGAAGGUAUUGGCCGAGGCCUUCUUUAUCUUCACAGAGAUUCUAGAUUGCGGAUAGUUCAUAGAGAUCUGAAGCCAAGUAACAUAUUGCUGGAUAAUGAUUGGAACCCAAAGAUUUCAGACUUUGGCAUGGCAAGAAUUUUUGAAGGCAACCAAGAUCAUGCCAGCACUGUAAUAGUGGCAGGAACAUAUGGAUACAUGGCCCCUGAAUAUGCAAUGAAAGGAAUAUUUUCAGAAAAAUCUGAUGUCUUCAGCUUUGGAGUUUUGAUGCUAGAGAUAGUUAGUGGAAGAAGGAACACGAGCUUCUGUGAAGAUGAGAGCUCUUUGAGCCUUCUGGAAUACGCAUGGAAGCGGUGGAACGAAGACGAUGUUGUCGCUUUAAUAGAUGCAAGGAUAUUGAGUCCAAGCUACCGUGCAGAGAUCAUGAGAUGCAUACACAUUGGCUUAUUGUGUGUCCAAAAACUUCCAAAAGAUAGGCCAAAUAUUUCUGUCGUUCUAUCAAUGCUUAGCAGUGAAAUUGUCGAGCUUCCUGAGCCGAAGCAAACCGCAUUUACAGAAUCUUCUCAGCAGAGACAAAAGAGGAGUAUUUCCUUGAAUAAUGUCACUCUUACAGAAGUCGAUGCACGAUAAAAUCAGUAGUGAUUUUUGGUAAAUUAUGCUGAAUGUGAUUUUUGGUAAACGCAGAUAAACAUAUUGAUAGUUUCAAACCUUUCAUCUGAGGGAGAAAAUGAUA